AUGCCUGUUCACAGAACCAGACGCCGAUUCAGGGCUACUUCGGCCGAUGAAUCGACCAGAGAAGUGAUCACUUGCAAGGGAUCGAUUGCUGGUAAGAAGAAAUGUGAAAGACAGGUCACUUUAACUGGUAAUCCUUUUUAUGAUGAUCCGCUGUGUUCGACUUAUUGUCAAAGAAAUGUACAGGCCAUGAAGACCUACAAUGACAGUCAUCCGGAAGAUACAUCUUUGUUAAGACUUUGGCGCGAAUUCACACGCGGAGAAACGGCCUUUCUUCGCUGGGCCGAUUGUCAUGCAGCCAAACGAAGAAGGGACAGAAAUGCUGAAUCCAACGACGCCAAAACUACAUCCGAAGGUAGCCUGCCACCUACCACUAACCAUUCCACUACGAAGUCCAGCGAUGGUGUGGCCCUUUUGACUCACGCAGGUACAAAUACUCCCUUCGCAUCUGGUCAGAUCAUCCACGAACAGCAUGACACCGAUAUCAAUUCAGUACACCAACAGCUUUCGACAACCGCGUCUAACUGGUCUGGAAAUGACAACCACGAUGAUCCAUCCUUUGAUGCUGUUGGCGUCAAUGCUGUUAGCGAUACAAACUUCGACGAUGCAAAAUUCGACCACAAGCUUUCUCAACUGAAGCUACCAGAUUACGAAUUUGAUGGAUGA